AUGCAGACACAAACAACAACAACAACAUCAAAAGUAAACAACAACAACCAGUGUUAUCGAUGCGAAACCGUCGCGGUUCGAUGCGAUCGCGAAUCGAAAAUCGCCGUGGUCUCUUUAAACCGACCCAGGUAUUUGAACGCGAUCAACGCGCAAAUGUGGCGAGAGAUACCUGUCGUAUUUGACGCGCUUUCCGAGGAUGAAGAAGUAAACGCGAUCGUGCUCACCGGGGAAGGGAAACAUUUCUGCGCCGGGAUAGACGUGUCGAGUAAAGAAUCCUUGUUUGAAACGCUCGGAGAUGUAGAGAACGAACGCGAUUUGGGGAGACGUAAUGAGUAUUUGCUGAGGCACAUAAAGCGGUUGCAAGCGAGCGUAUCGAGCGUGGAGAGAUGCCGGAAACCGGUGGUGUGCAUGAUCAAAGGCGCGUGCGUUGGGGGUGGGUUGGAUAUAGCGGCAGCGUGUGACAUACGAAUGUGCGACCGGACGGCUUUUUUUAGCGUGAAGGAGGUUGAGUUAGGCAUCGUCGCUGAUAUAGGCUCCUUGCAGAGGCUACCGAGCAUCGUCGGGCAAGGAAGGGCGACGGAGCUCGCGCUGACCGCGAGGACGGUGAAAAGCGACGAGGCAGAAAAGAUUGGGUUAGUUUCCAAAUGCUAUAGCGAUGCUGAGGAAUUAGAACGUGCGUGUGUAGAGGUUGCGAAAAGAAUGGCGAGUUUAUCGCCGUUAGCUAUUCAAGGGACGAAACGUUCUUUGUUAAACUCUCGAGACUCUGAAAGCGUCGAGAAAGGAUUAGAAUACGUAGCUUUGAAAAACGCGGCGCAGUUGAUUUCGGACGAUUUGAAGGAAAGCAUGAACGCGCGGUUCGAGAAGAGAAAACCCGUGUACAGCCGUUUGUAA